AAGAUGAAUUCGUAGUUGGUAUAACAUUGACGAACCAAAAGAAAGUAUGGUUGAUUAGCAAUGAAGGUGAUAUAAAAUGGAAAAUAAAUAAAAAAAUAAUAAUAAAACUUGACCUGAUGGAUCCUUACACGGCAAGCGUGACGACGUUGACUGCGUAUGCAUAACCCAGCAAGCCACAAUGACAUCACCAUCUGCGUCACCUCAACUACUUCAUCAUCCAUCUCUCUUUCUCUCUCUACAAUCCGACAACCGUUUACGAGAAACCUCCGCGAAAUUUCCUGCUUUCCGCACCCUACCCUACCCCCCUGCUUCGAUUCAUCAGUUAUUCUCCUGUUUUCGCGUUUGUUUCGUGUUUUUCAUCGGUUUCUGCUUGUUGAUGUUGGUUAUUUGAAGUUGUAAUCGGAAUCUGAUUCAGUUCUCAUUUGGAGUUUUAAUUUUAAUUGGGUGUCGCUUCUCAAUUGAUUUGAUUUAGGGUUUCUUGAUUUUUAAUUGUUAUUUGGUACAGUACUAGUUUUAAAGCUUAAGGUACAAGUUACUAGAGCACAAAAUGUGCAUCUCACAAGAGAAAAUCCCCAAUUUGUGAGAUCCUUCCUUGUGUUUGUCAAAUUUUGUUUGAUUAAUGGCAAAUUACUCUGAGCCAUCAUCAUCCAUAAGCUUUACUUCACCUUCUCAUAUCUCCAAUGGCUCUAAUGGACACAACAGUUUCCAAUGCUCUUCGAUCGCUGAUACGCGCUCAAAUCUUGAAAUUAUUAGCUUAAACAAGCUUAGUAGCAGCCUGGGAAAGCUCUUGACUGAAACUGAUUCCAGUUAUAGUGAUGCAAUAGUAGUGGUUGAAGGCAAUGAUGUGUGUGUUCAUAGGUGUAUUUUAGCUGCUAGAAGUACCUUUUUCUGCAAUCUGUUUAAGGAAAGUAAAGACUGUGUUGAAGAAAAUGGUAAAGUCAAGUACAUUAUGACUGAUAUUUUGCCGUUUGGGCAUGUUGGGUAUGAUGCUUUUACGGUGUUCUUGAGUUUUUUGUAUGCUGGGAAACUGAAGUCAUCACCACCGGAGGUUUCGACUUGUGUUCAUGGCGGAUGCCCGCAUGAUGCCUGCAGGCCAGCUAUUGCAUUUGCUGUUGAACUGAUGUACGCCGCGGUUGUUUUUCAGGUUCCUGAGUUGGUUCCCCUGUUUCAGCGACGCCUUCUCAACUUUAUCGAAAAGGCUCUUGUUGAAGAUGUGAUUCCAAUACUUUUGGUGGCAUUUCAUUGUGAGUUAACUCAGAUCUUGACUCAGUGUGUUCACCGAAUUGCUCGGUCAGACCUGGAUGAUGUCUCUCUCGAGAAAGAGCUCCCUCCAGAAGUUUCGAAAGACGUAAAGUUGCUUCGUAGCAAGUCUUUGGACGGUAAAGAUCCCGUGGGUAAAUCGGAGGAGGCUGCAUUACGGGAAAAACGAAUUAGGCAAAUACAUAAAGCGUUGGACUCGGAUGAUGUAGAGUUGGUCAAACUUCUGUUAAGUGAGUCAAACAUAACGUUAGAUGAAGCCAAUGCAUUACACUAUACGGUUGCAUAUUGUGACCCGAAAGUUGUGAAGGAAGUGCUGAGUUUAAAUAUGGCGGAUGUAAAUCGUAGAAAUGCUAGAGGGUAUACCGUGCUUCAUGUUGCUGCAAUGCGUAAGGAACCAUCGAUUCUUGUUUCUCUUUUGAGCAAACAGGUAUCGGUUUUGGAGGUAACUCAAGAUGGGCGAAGUGCGGUUGGGAUAUGCAAGCAGUUAACGAGGCCAAAGGAUUAUAAUGCAAAAACCGAACACGGGGAAGAAGCAAACAAGGAUAGACUAUGCAUCGAUGUGUUGGAACGAGAGAUUAUUAGGAACUCAAUGGGGGGAGAUGUACCGAUGUCGUCUACAGCUAUGGCCGAUGACUUGCACAUGAAGUUACUUCAUUUAGAAAACCGAGUUGCAUUUGCGCGAUUGCUGUUUCCUACUGAAGCAAAACUAGCGAUCGAGAGCGCCCAUGCUCAGAUAAUGUCAGCAACCAACGGUUUGAACGGGAAUUUGAAAAUGGAUUUGAACGAGACACCAUCGGUGCAGCAUAAAAGGCUAGUUUUGCGUAUAGAAUCCCUCUCGAAAACGGUCGAGAUGGGUCGGCGUUUCUUCCCAAAUUGUUCAGAAGUACUCGACAAGUUCAUGUUGGACGAUUUGCCCGAUGUGUUUUAUCUGGAGAAGGGGACUCCAGAAGAGCAAGUAAUCAAACGGACACGCUUCGUGGAGCUUAAAGAAGACGUUCAACGCGCGUUCUCCAAGGACAAAGCUGAGCAACCGAAUGACUUGACACAAGGCAUCAAGAACAGAUCCCGAAAAUACUCGUGAAAUAUGUUUUUAAGCAUGUAAUAUAACUUUUGUUUUGGUCGAGAUCAUACAUAUCAGUUGUAGUUACAGAAAUGUUUAAAACAAGUUAUGCAAAGUGAUAAUAUUGAGAGUUGUUUUUAUAUA